AUGAAUCUACAAGAGCAAAGCAACUACUUACUGUCAAAUUCGGAUGAGUUUCUUGAAGUCGCUCGCCCGACAUCUCUUAAAGUUGUUCACAUUGGUGGAGUUGCAUCCCUGCAAGGAGCGCCUCCUUUAUCGGAGAAAUUGCAGCAAAUUGUGGAGAAGGCCAAAAUGGGUGUGGUGUACAUCUCAUUUGGUUCAGUCGUGUCGACUAAGAAGAUGCCUAAGAACUUUCGUGAAGGUAUAAUCGAAGUAGCAAAAAUGUUUAAAAAUCAUGACUUCAUAUGGAAGGUUGAUGAAGGCGAUGUGAUUCAAGGUGUUCCGAAUUUGCACACCUUUAGCUGGGUUGCUCAAGCAGCCCUUAUAGCCCACCCUAGUCUGCGAUGUUUUGUUUCACAUGCUGGCAUCAACAGUAUCUUGGAGUUGACAAGAAUAGGAAAGCCGUCAAUACUGGUUCCGCUUUUCGGCGACCAACUCAGGUCUGAAGUGUUACCUGAAAGUUGGCUUUGGAAAAUAGACGCUACACUAUCGCAAUACUGUCUGGUGCUUGCUCCAAUUGCUUUUAGAAAUGCGUAUCUCGUGGCAGCGAAAAACACGACCAUUGUGAUCGCGAAGGAGGAAUUUAAUCGUGAUACUUUGGCCACUGCUCUUCAACGAGUGCUCAGCGAUAAAGGAUUCGCACUGAGAGCAGAGCGCUUAGCGUCACUGAUGGUGAACAAACCAUUUUCUGCCAGGGAUCGACUGCUGUCAAGUGUCGAGUUUUCCAUUCGACAUGGCCGAAUUCACGAUCUCGAUAUCGGAAGGCAUUUAAAUACGAUACAGUACUACAGUGUUGAUGUUGUGGCAUUUUUGACCAUUUUGCUAGUUUUUGUUAUAAUUUUAUGGUUGUACACCUGUAGGUACUUUUGCCGGAAAGUUUUUCGGAGAAAAGUAAAGAGUGAUUAG